GACUGGCAUUGUUUUACAUUUUUGAGAAUCCAUUUGAUGCCAAUUAUAAUAAAAGGUGUCUGCGUUUUCAUAACCUACUUCUGUGUUCCAUCUGGACUGUGUUGUCUUGAAGUGUAUGAACAAAAUCCAAUUCUUACGAAGAGAUGAAUUGGAAAAGGAAGACCAUUAAGGAGCCUUUGAAAGAGGAAACAGGAUGCGGUGCUACGACUGUGGUGGAGGCCCCAGCAGCUCCUGCAAGCAGACGGUGAUCACCUGCGGAGAAGGUGAGCGAUGUGGCUUCCUGGAGCGCAAACCCCAACCCGGCCUGGGACAGGUCAAGCAACCCUCAGUGACCUUGAGUCAUCACCCAGACUGCGUGGCCACCCAUCAUUGCAACCAAGCGGACACAGAGUCAGUGAGAGACGUGACCCACAAGAACUGCUGCUUCGGAGACCUGUGCAACAGCGCCACCACGGCAGGCACCGUGGCCCCCGCCUGUAUCUUGGCUGCAGCCUUCACCACCCUGGCCUGGCUCUUGCCAGGACUGUAGAGCAAGUUGGAGCAAGGGUAGGGAAGGGAGUGAGGGAGCAAGGGAGUGAGGGAGCUGAGCAUCCAAGGUGAGGAGA